UGCAGGUCUGUCUGGUCAGGUUAGGAUAUAAUCUUGCCAGGUGCCGGUCAGGUCUGGGUAAUCCCAGGUCAGUUUUCGGUCAGGUCUGGGGACUGACCCUCACAGGUCGAACCAGGUUCAAGUCAGGUCAGAAUUAGGUUGACCCAGCGGUCAGAUCUAUUUCUGACACCACAACCUACACCCCGGAUAUAUUUGAUAAUCAUCUUGUUUAAAUCAACAUUCAGUUAUGAGAGAGCGUUGCAAUCCGCCGAAUCUAACGGCUAACCAAAAUUAAUCAACCAAAAACUUCAAAUAUAAUAAUGCCCUAUCUAAUAGGAGUAUAUAUAUAGGCUCCAAAAAAGGAAAAAAAAAAAAGAAGAAACUAGCCGUUACGGAGCGCCGUGUCCAACGUUCUCAUUUUUCCCCCACUUCCUCCAUUAGUUUUCUUCAUUUCUCACUUCUCACAAUCAAACGCAACAGCGUAAAAUUGUCUUCCUUUCUCUCUCCUCUCUUGCUCUAAAACUUUAAGGAAUUUUAAUGGCGACUCCAACAAAAGAACCACCAAGUGUUCGAUCAACUGCGUGUGAGAAAGUAAAGAAUCAGGAGAAUUCAAACCCAAAUCUCACAAGCCCUAGUUUAAAACCCUCAACUUCUUCUGCAAUUAAGACCACAAAAUCCCAGAAAUCUGCGAUCAAAAACCCUAAUCCCUCAUUUGUAUCACCCAAAAAGAAGAUUAGAGAGAGGAAAUUUGUGGUGGCAAAGAAGAAGAAUCAUGUAAAGAAACAAGAUUUGGAUAGGAAUUGUAAGUGUAAAGAUAAGAUUAAUGGCAAGUGUUUGUGCGUUGCUUAUGAGAAUUUGAGGGCUUCUCAGGAAGAGUUUUUCAAGAGUAGAGAAGAUGAACCCUUUACUGAGAACUUGGAAAAUGAAAGUGGGUAUGAGAAAAAUAGUGAAGAAUGUGAAAUUCAGGAUUUGGAUGAAUUGGGUGUUUGUGAACCGGAGGAGGGUGAAUCACCAAAAGGGUUGGGAAGUUCGACGACGAAACGAAGAAGAGAUAUACUAUUGGAGGAAGCAAGAGCAAGUGUUCCUGAGCCAGGGUCAGGGAGGGUGUUGCAUUUGGUGAAGGCAUUUGAGAAACUUCUAACAUUGCCCAAGAAAUCAGAUAGUCAAGAUGACAAAGAGGUAGAGGAUACAAAGAAAGGCAUCAAAUGGGCAUUGCCUGGAUUGCAGCAACAUCCUCCUAGAGCUCUGGAAACGCAGGAAUCUUCGUCUGGGUUUUGUCCAGGAGAAUUGUUCUUCAAUGCAGAAAGUUUAGGAUUGGAUGCUCAGGUCUCCUCUUCAUUGGAUAGUAGCAGAGGAAGUGUUUCAAGCAGAAGUUCGAUUGGAAGUCGAAGAAGCCGGAGAAGUGGCUCAUUUUCUUCUGGAACUGUUGGUGGAAUGAAGUGGAAGAAGAAGCAGCAGCACAGAGUCACUUCGCUGAAACCAUUCAGGCUAAGGACAGAGGAAAGAGGAAAAAAGAAGGAAGAGGAGUUAGUUAAGAAAUUACAAGAAAUGAUGAUUGAGGAAGAGAAGCAGCGAAUACCUAUUGCACAAGGCCUUCCAUGGACGACGGAUGAACCAGAGUGUCUGAUAAAACCACCACUCAAAGAGAUCACAAAGCCAAUUGACCUGAAACUGCACACUGAUAUGAGAGCUGUGGAACGUGCAGAGUUUGACAACCAGGUGACUGAAAAGCUAAUGUUGAUCGAGCAGUAUAAAAUGGAGAGAGAGAGGCAACAGAAGUUAGAAGAGGAAGAAGAAAUCAGAAGAUUAAGAAAAGAACUCGUCCCAAAAGCGCAGCCUAUGCCUUACUUUGACAGGCCUUUCAUCCCCAGAAGGUCCGAAAAGCAGCCAACAAUUCCAAAAGAACCAAGAUUUCAAUUUCCCCAACAAAAGAAGAUCAAGUGCAGCCUAUCAUCAUGGAGUGACCUGAAUGAUUAUCAUAUUCAUGCAACAUCAUGAGUUGAAGGAACCCUUAAACAUCACAGAACUAAGUAAUUUGAGUGUAAGCAAUGCUCAAAAAUAUCAUGAUUAUUUUAUUCAAUUUUUGGUGUUGUUAAUAAGAGACCUUAUCAUCAUGCCCUUUACCUUUCUCCUAUCAUCUAAUUGUAGAAAAAAGUGCUCACAAACAUUAUCUCUACAUAUAUGUCCAUAAGAUUUACAUGCCUAAGCAAUUAGAUACGAUCAAGUUCAAGUGUUUCUCAA